UGUAUUAUUAAUUCAUCUUAGCUCCUCAAAUCUCUACCAACUUGUUUUUUAAUAUACAUCAAUAACCAGGACUGUUCUUCAACUGGCAGAUCAUAAUCAAAGUGUUUAUUUUGGGAAGAAAGUGAAAAUCUUGGUUGGAUCGCCAUGGCAGCUGCAUCAUCUCUUCUUUCUUCCAUCUCCAUCCCCCAUUCCAGUUCCAUAAACACAUCUCAGACACUGGGUUUUGUUAACCCAUCGUGUCACGCAAAAAUCAUAUCUCAACAUCAUCAAUCCUCGUUCCCAGGCAACCUCAGAAGCUCUGCUAAGAAAAGAUCAAGGGCCUUGAUUAUUCAUGCCACUCCGGAAGUUGCUGGAGAUUUUCUUUCCGGGUUUCUUCCUUUUUUGCCAUCUUCUGAAGAUAACUCUUGGUUAGCGUGGGCUACAGGAUUGUGUGUGGCAAUACCUUUGAUUACAGCAAGAAUAUUGACAUUGUCAAAGCAAGUUGAGGCGGCGGCGGAGACGGUGGAGAAAGUGGCGGAUGUGGUAGGGAACGUGGCGCACGAAGUGGACAAGGCGGCGGAAGAUUUCAAGGAGAAUCUUCCGGCCGGCAAACUCAAAGACAUCGUGGAGGCCAUCGAACAUGUUGCCGAGGAAACUGCCAAAGAUGCUCAAAUAGUUGAGGACCUUAUGGACAAGGUGGAGGAAUUGGAUGAUAAAUUGGAGGAUUUCCUUCACCACGGAUCUAACCAGCCAGCGAAGACAUCGCCGGUCGAGGAGAAGAAGCCCUAAUUUUGAUUAACGAAAAAUGGUUUCUAGUUUUGUAGACGACAGCGUAGACUAUGAAAUGUUCACUUGUUUGACUAUUGUGCUCCUGUAAAAUAUAACGUUAUUUUAUUUUCUAGUGAUAUUUUCGGACAAUAAACUCGUUUAUAUUAUUUAGUCAUU